AUGGAUAGGCAUCAAUACCCGCGAGAGAGAGAAAACCCAUCUUUCUCAUCAACACUACUCGAUGCAAUCUAUCGUUCAAUUGACGAAGGAGAAGAAGAAUUAGUCCUUUGCAGAGAAACCAUGAGGAAGAAACACAGUAAUUGCACUGUGAAAGGCAAUGGUGGUGGCUUUCAGAAUGAGGAAGAUAAAGCCAAUUUUCAACGAGCUUGCAUGAUCGAGAAAUGGAUGGAGAAGAAAGUAAGCGAGAAGGUGGUUGUUCGUAGAAAAUCUCUGACUGAUUUUCAAAGAGACCCACGAAAUGAUAUUCAUGUUCCGGUGUUGUUGAAUUCGAGCUCGAGCUCUUCAGAUUCGAGUUCUGGAGGAGGAUUCUCAUCAUCAGAGGCUGAAUCUGUUCAAGGGGGUGUUUCAUCAAGGUCAUCUUGUUAUGCUUUGCAUAGGCCAAAGCCAAUUCGAACAAGCGUCUCAUCAGUCCAGCUCCAGCCUGAAAAAUUCAACAAUCACGAAAAAGAACACAAUAAUCAUCAUCGCCAUCGUCAGGAGAGAGAUUACAUUUCACAACAGGAACCAAAACAUGAAGGAGGUUUCGUGAAGACAAAGUCGAGAGCUUUGAAGAUAUAUGGUGACCUCAAGAAAGUUAAGCAACCAAUCUCUCCUGGUGCUCGACUUUCGAGUUUUCUGAAUUCUCUUUUCACCGCAGGAAAUGCAAAGAAACCAAAGAUUUCUUCCACUGGAGGCUUUGAUGAAUCGAAAUUGAAAUCUGCAAACACAUCUACAUGUUCAUCAGCUUCGUCAUUCUCAAGGUCAUGUUUGAGCAAGACUCCAUCUUCCAGGGGAGGAAAAUUAAGCAGUAAUGGCACAAAGAGGUCGGUGAGGUUCUAUCCCGUGAGUGUAAUUGUCGGGGAAGAUUGUCAACCAUGUGGACAUAAAUCUUUAUAUGAAGAUCAUCAUGAAGCAAAUUUUCAGACUCUGAAAGAGAAACGAAACUCCAUGAAUGAAGAGCUUAAAGUUCAUAUCAUGGAGAAACACCGCAGAGUUGAGGAAGCUGCAAGAGAUCUUUUAAAGAAUUAUCAGAAGAAGGUUGAGCAGUGCGAGUUUGAUAUGAGAAAUUCACUUGAUGGGGACGAUGAUGAUGAUGAUGCUGCAAGUUAUGCUAGCUCUGAUCUAUUUGAACUCGAUAAUCUUUCUUCUAUUGGAAUUGAAAGGUAUCGGGAAGAAUUGCCCGUGUAUGAAACAACCCAUUUCGACACCAAUCGAGCCAUUGCUAAUGGUUUGAUUUUGUAA